AUGAAGACGCGCGAUUUGAAAGCUUUCUUGAAGAAGAGGGGCGUGUUCGUCGAAGAUUGUUUCGACAUGGACUCGCUGAUCCAACGUGCAGCUGCAACCGAGGAGGACUGGGGGAGAAGGUUGUAUGGGUUCAUUCUUUGUGCUGGUAGCAUCAGCUGGCGACAACACCGAAGGGUGCCAGAUUCCAUGAGCGACGCGGGCACUGCGACUUCAGACGGGGAGCUUCCUGGAGCCAACGACAUUGAGAAGGCAUGGAAGCGGUACUUGGUCCAGCAAACGCUGACAGAACGGUUUCUGGCUGACACUUUCCAGCCACUGCUACAAGUGCCAGGUCUUCGCUUGAUUCUGCCACAGGCCCCUCAGGAGAGUCUGCAGGGUCAACAACUUCAGUCGUGGUUUUUGCCAAUAAACGGCCAGUGGAUCAUCGAUGACAAGGCAGACGAUGCGCUGCUCGGUGCUUGGCCUGUCGAUAUUCAGUCUUCCAGGUUGUCCAGCCAGUGGCGGCAUACUUGCACGCUAUGGUCCGGCGAGAGAUUGCCCUCGGAGUCCGGCACACGGUGGAAGAAAAGCUCAGCCUUUUCAGAUUGGCUUUGCCGCUUUGCUGUGUGGCGCCGCAAGUCUUUUCUUGACGAAAAGAUGGCCAAAGUUCCAGAGGAUCCUUUGGCCUUUGACCCGGCAAAUCUAACUCCAGAGCCUCAGCCCAUGCCCAGCACGCAAGCACGGCCACAAAGUGCAGAAGACGGCGGAGUCCCAACCAUGGACCCACAGCUCACACUCAAACUGCUCAACGACCAGGAGAUUGCAGACGCCGCCAAGGAUCCGGAAGGAAUGGCCGUUAUCCAGGAUGUCAUUAUGGAUCCUUCCAACCUGGAGUUGCACAAGAAAAAUCCCAGAGUGGCCGACCUCGUCGCAAAGUUGGAAACUGGGAUAUACUGGGAUGGAUCUAGGGAUCUGGGACAAGGAAGGUGUCCUUGUGCCCUGUGCCUCGGAGAGGGAGGGAGCGCCUGA